GUUGGGUUGGUGGGCGUAGGGCGCACCCACGCGCAAGUUAGGGAAGACCAAAGUCACCGUAAUUUCUAGAACCGCAGAAUUCCAAUCCCAAUUUCCAUACACCAUUUCUCUCUUUCGUCUGCGGAGUCCACUCUCCUCUGCUCGCCAACUCUAACUGCAUUUGGAUGCAGAAUAUUCAGAUGUUUGUCCAAUAGGUUACUCUUAGAAAUUUAUUUCAUAUAAAUUAUGUCAAGUGGUGGAAACACUCAUUGGUGCUACCAGUGCCGCCAGCCAGUUCGGCCUCGGGGCCGUAAUUUGGUUUGCCCAUACUGUGAUGGAGGCUUCAUACAAGAGCUGGCUGAGUUUAUGGGGGCUCAUUCUAAUGAUACUUCUGACUUUGGAUUCAUGGAAACUUUCCAUGACCCUAGAUUCGGUAUUAUGGAUGCAUUUGCAGCACUUAUGAGGCACAGAAUGACUGGAAGAGACCCUAAUUUUGAUGUCAGAACAAGACCAGGCAUGCUUCCAGAACGAAGUGUGGGUAUUGGUUCCCGACCUCCUGGCCCUUUAUUGAUAUUCCAUGGUCAACAUCCUGCUGGACUGCCUGAUCAGGAUCCAUUUGAUUUCUUUUUCAAUAGCAGCCCUGGAAUGGGGCAUAGACAAGCUGAUUUUAGUGAUUUCUUUAUGGGGCAUGGGUUACAUGAAUUGAUUGAGCAGCUAAGUAUGAAUGACAGGCGAGGACCACCUCCUGCACCUCGUUCUGCAAUUGAUGCUAUGCCAACCAUUAAAAUUACGCAAAGGCAUCUUAAUACUGAUGCACACUGCCCUGUGUGUAAAGAUAAAUUUGAGUUGGGCUCAAAAGCGAGGCAGAUGCCUUGUGAUCAUAUUUACCAUUCCGAUUGCAUCGUUCCUUGGCUGGUCGAACAUAACUCUUGUCCUGUUUGCCGCCUUGAGCUGCCAUCCCAAGGUUCUGGAAGUGCUCGUCCUAACUGGAAUGAGAGAACUGGGAAUCCAAGUAGCAGUGGUGCCAGCAGCAAUAGAAGGGAGAAUAAUUCUCAGAAUCAGGGGCGGUGGAAUCCAUUCUCGUUCCUGUGGCCUUCUAAUUCAUCAAAUCAAAAUUCUCAACGUCAUUCAGAAACUGGAGGAAAUAACUCGCCGGCUCCUAGUGAAGAGCAUAAUCGGAUGAGAUGGCCUUUUGAUUAUUAAAGCUGUAUCCGCGUCACUGAUUUCUUCUUUAGCUCAUCAUUAUCCCGCUCUUAGUUGCAUUUGUGUUGUGUGCCUGAAAAAAUGGGUUUCCGUUUUGCUUGUUAAUCUUGGUAAUUACUUUGAUGAGUUGAAUUUAUUUGAAGUCCUAUGUCUGGAAGUUAAACUUAUAUCAGCUGUUGAAAAAUUCACCAAGAGUCCCUGACAGCUUCUGCCCCCAACCAUGUACAUGACGAUUUCUGUUUUCGCUGUUCAAUGUUAUGUAUUUAUUCACUGUUAGCUGUGAGUUCGACCCCCUUGAUUGCAGAAAAUUGCCGAU